AUGCCAAACGACGAUCUGAAGGCGCACGCGGCCUCCAACCAAGAUUUCUACGCCCUGUUAGACAUUCAACCAGCAGCCACCGAGACCGAGAUCCGCCGCGCAUACCGCCGCACCGCACUAAAGUACCACCCGGACAAGAUCAAAAACCCCACCGCAGCAGAUAUCGACAAAUUCCAUUUCCUCCAGAUUGCCUACGAUGUCCUCUCCGACCAAUCAGUGCGACAGCUGUACGACAAUGCACGGGACGCGCGGAUGCGCAAACAGCGCGAGCGGGAUAUGAUGGGAGCGGCGAAACGAAAGAUGCGCGAAGACCUAGAAGCACGGGAGAGGGCAGGCGCCGCCGAAAUGGGCGGUGCUGGUGUCAAGCAGGGUGUCAAGAGAUCAUGGGCUGCGGGUGGGGAUGAGGAUGCGGAAGAGAAGCUGCAGCGGGAGAUUGAUAGGAUUGCGGAGGAUGGGCGGCGGAGGCGACGCGAGGCCGAAGAUAAGGCUAAAAAAGAGCUCGAUGAUGAGCAGAAGAAGAUUCAGGAGCAGGAAGAAGAGGCUCGCAAGGCGAAGGAUCGGAGUAGCCAGCGCGUGGACCGGGGUGGCGGCGCACAGGUCCCUGAGCUCGAGCGUGCGGUGAAAGUGCGCUGGGUGCGGGAGGGUCGUGGGCUAGAGCUUGAUAUUGAGCAGUUGGCGGUAUUGUUCAAGCCAUUUGGGAAGAUCGAGAAUACAUUUGCGCUCAAGGAUAAGCGCCAACGGAUCGGGGAUAAGAAGGAGAAGAAGACUGUUGCCACGGGUGUGGUGGUUUUCAUGUCUAUUGUCAGCGCUCACACUGCUGUUCUCGAUAGCGAGAAGAAAAUUCGUCAACAUGCUGGUCAAGAUGGCGAUUGGGGUCUUAUCGAGUCUGUCUUCUGGGCAUCCGGCGCCCAACCUGAUCUAGGUCCUGGUACAUCACCUAAGCCUGACGAGGCUGAGCCCACACCAGCACCACCAGGGCCCUCUAUCGACACUUCCAGCAGGCCCACUAAACCAUCAUUCAAUUUCCAGGGCUUGAAAACAGCUACAGCCCCCCAAUCCGAUAAAGCGCCCUCGUUUGGCUCAUUCGCUUCUGCAUCUACUGCAGCAGCUGCCCCGAAAGCAACGUCAUUCGAUCCAUCCAAUAAGGCUCCAGCCACGCCUAAUCUACAAGAAGUGAUGAUGAUGCGGCUGAAGAAUGCACAGCGUGAGAAGGAGCGCAAAGCCCUUGAAGAACAGCUGAUACGAGAAGACGAGGCUGCAGAUGCUGCAGAAGCAGCGGCAGCGAAAGGCACUUAA